AUGGCAACAGCAGCCACAACAACAGCAAAACCCUUAUUGAUAACCCAGCAACAAACCCGCAGUUUAUCAUGUGACGAAUGUGCUCUCGGGAAAUAUAAAAAACACAACAACAACAACAACAACAACAACAAAUCGAUCGCAAACGGUUACUGCACCGACUGCCAGCUUAACCUGUGUCGCAUCUGCUUGAACCACCACAACAAGGGCAGGGCAACGACAUUUCAUAAGACCAUCAAAUUCAGGAGCAUACUCAAUGGAGUAUUCACUAGUGUCAACAACAACAACAACAACAAAAACAACAACCAAAACAACAACCAAAAUGGCGACAGCGGUUAUGAUAAUGAUGGCGAGGAAGACGAUGGCGGUAAUGAUUUUAAUGUGAAUAAUAAUAAUAAUAAUAAUGAUGAUAAUGAUGGUUUAUAUAUGGAAACUUCGAGGAAAAACAAAAAAAUGUCCACUUCACAGCUAUCGAGUUUGAACAACAGCAACAAAAAAUCUUCCAACAACAAAAACAACAGCCUAACGCCCGUACCCACAACAACAACAACAACAUUUGACAGAUGUGAGUUCCACAGGACCCAAGAUAAAAAAGUUUUUUGCAACUCUUGCAACCUUUUCAUUUGCCUUCUAUGCUACCGGAAGCAGCACUACAACCACGUUUGCUCCGGCGUCAACGCCGUUGUCAUAGAGACGAAAAAAGUUCUGGCCGUUGAUAUUGAACUGAUCAAGAAAUGCCUGGAAACCGCCAGAAUCAAAAUUAGAGAAAUCGAAACUGAGAAAAUAUCUCUGGCCUUGCAGUUAAAAAUGGCCGCGGCCGCCAUUUUAAAGGAGCAAGAGGUUCUUGCAAAAAUGGCGGAAACAAACAGCAAAGAACUCUUGGAAGAUUUGGGAACUUUGGAGCUGAAGUUGAUGACGUCACUGGGGGCGGAAAUAGACGACACGAACGAUAAAGUGAAAGGUUUGCAGUCCAUGCUGGCGGAGAUAAAAGAUAUUAAAUCAUUAAAGAUGGCCGACCCUGUUUGCAUCAACAGAAAUUUGGAAAUCCACGAAUCUGCUAUUUCUUAUUGCAACGAUAUUACGCCAUAUUUGAACAAGAAAGUCAACCGGAAACACGUGACAUUCAAGUCGACCAUUGAUUGGUCGAAAGUGGCCAAUAUGAGAAAAAACAUUCUCGGAGUUAUAGAGGGUAUACAUUUUAUUAUGUAG